AUGUCGGACGCUUACUGUUCGGACUGCAAGCGGCAGACGGAGGUGGUCUUCGAUCACUCGGCGGGGGACACGGUCUGCUCCGAGUGCGGGCUCGUCCUCGAGUCUCACUCCAUCGACGAGACGUCCGAGUGGAGGACCUUCGCCAACGAGUCCGGGGACAACGAUCCCGUUCGUGUCGGUGGCCCGACGAACCCGCUCCUGGCCGACGGCGGGCUGUCCACCGUGAUCGCCAAGCCGAACGGGGCGUCCGGGGAUUUCCUCUCGUCUUCGUUGGGGAGGUGGCAGAACAGGGGGUCCAAUCCUGAUCGGGGGCUGAUUUUGGCGUUCAAAACUAUAGCCACCAUGUCUGAUAGGUUGGGACUUGUUGCAACUAUCAAGGAUCGAGCGAAUGAGAUAUUCAAGAGGGUAGAGGAUCAGAAGUCUAGUAGAGGAAGAAACCAGGACGCCUUACUGGCAGCUUGCCUCUAUAUAGCUUGCCGACAGGAAGACAAGCCUCGCACUGUAAAGGAAAUUUGCUCUGUUGCCAAUGGAGCCACAAAGAAGGAAAUUGGCCGAGCAAAAGAAUACAUAGUGAAACAGCUGGGACUGGAGACAGGCCAGUCAGUUGAAAUGGGAACCAUACAUGCUGGAGACUUCAUGAGGCGGUUCUGUUCUAAUCUUGGUAUGACUAAUCAAGCCAUGAAAGCUGCCCAAGAAUCUGUUCAGAAGUCCGAAGAGUACGAUAUCAGGAGGAGCCCUAUAUCAAUCGCAGCAGCGAUCAUAUAUAUCAUAACGCAGCUUACAGAUGACAAGAAACCCCUCAAAGACAUAUCAGUUGCGACGGGUGUUGCUGAAGGGACAAUCAGGAACUCGUACAAGGAUCUCUAUCCUCACGUGGCGAAGAUAAUACCGGGCUGGUACGCUAAGGAGGAGGAUCUGAAGAACCUAGUCAGUCCAUGA